AUGGAAGAGGAUAAUGAUUUUGAGGUGGAAAAUAUAUCAAACAUAGAUGAAUUAGGCAUACUAAAAAUUUCUGAAAAUUUGAAUAAAAAUGAAUAUAAUGAAUUGACUGAUACAAAGAGUUAUAUUAAUGAUAACUCGAAAAGAAAUAUAAAUGAUAAAAAUAAUAAUAUAACAAAAUAUAAAAAUAGUAAUGACUAUGAUGAAUCAGAAGAUAAUGUAGAUAAUUGUUCAAGUUCAUAUGUUAAAAAGAGUAAGACAAAUUCAAAAAAUGUUAAUAAUUUAAAAUAUAUUAAUAAUAAUUCAAAUAUAGAUUCAAAUGUUAAUGAAAAUAAAAGUACUAAAUUAAAUAAUGAUAUAAAUUUAAACAGUGUUAAUAAAAAUAAAGCUAAUUACGAAAAAUGUAUUAACGAUAUAGUAAAUAAUAAUAAAAAUAAGGUUAAUACUAACAUUUACAAUAACAAAAGCGAUAACAAUAUUAUUUGCAAUAAUAGCCUUGAUGGUAAUACAAAUAAUAAUAAUAACAAUAAUAAUAGUAUUUACUCUAAUGAUAGUAAUAAUAAUAUAAAUGAUAGUGAUAUAAAUAUUAAUAAUAAUUUUGAUAAAAAUAUCAACGAAAAUAACAAAAAUGUUAAUUAUACAAAUAACGGAAAUGAUCAUAUUAAUGAUAAGAAUUUAAAUAAUAUUAAUAAUAAUUCUAAUAGAGAUACUAAUGAAAAUAACGAAACUUCUAACAGCAUAUAUAACAAUAUUGAUAAUGUUAAUAAUAGUAAUAAUAAUAUCAAUGAUAGUAAAAUAAGUAAAAAUAGUAACAAUAUAUAUAAUAAUAAUAAGAAUAGUAAUAUAAAUGAUAAUAAUAAUAAUAAUAGCAAUAUAAUUGAUAACAAUAUAAAUAUUAAAAAUAAUAAAAUUAAUAAUAAUGAAAUUAUUAACAAUAUAAAUAAUGGUAGUGAUAAUAUGAAUGAUAAUGAUAUACAUAAUAAUAAUAAUAACAUCAACGAUGAUAACAAUAACAUUGAUAAUAAUCCAAAAGAUGAUAAAAGUAAUAGUAAUAUUAAUGUUGGCAAUAAUGAAAACGAUAAUGAAAGUAAUAUUAAUGAUUUUAAUAAUAGUGAUAAUAAUAAUAAUAAUAAUGAAAAUAAUAAAUUAAAUGAUUAUAGCCUGAAUAAAAAAGAUGAAUCAAAUUAUAUAGAAAACAGUAGUUUUAAAUCAUAUAGUGCAAAAGAUUUAAAUUCAGUAGAAAUAAAAACUAAAAAAGAUAAAACAUCUUUAAGUAAUUUUUCAAGUUCUAUAUCUAGAUCAGAUAGUACGAAUAGCAAUUUAAUAAAAAUAAGUCAGAAAAAUGAAGAAUGGGAACAAAAAAAGAAAUGGAAUUUUUCAUUUUUAUUUAAAAAUAUAAAAUCAAUAGUUGUAAAAAAUUAUAUUUUUGUAGCUAAAAAAUGUGGAAUGCCUAAUCAGCCAAAUAAACCAGGUCCCGUUUUAGCUAUAAGUAUAGAAAAAGGAAAUAAAAAUGAAUUAAAUAAUAUAAUAGUUCAAACACCUUGUGCAUAUGAAAAAUAUUCAUUAAAAGGAAAGUUGAUUCAGCAUAAAAGCUUAUAUCCUUGUACAAUUACUUGCAUGAUAAAUGGUAGUAUAGGUGGGAUAGGGAAAGUGGUUAUCUUAGGAACACAAAAUGGCUAUGUAUUAAUUUAUAAAAUUGACAAAUUUGAAUGUAUAUUAAAAUUAAAUACAAAAGAAUGCUUAAAAAGAUAUUUUAGUAAUUCUCCAAAUAAUAUGAAAACUAUGAAUUAUAUUGGCAUAAAAGACAAAUUAAUGAAUUAUUAUAAUAAUGAAGAAAAUAAUAAUAUGAUGAAUUUUUCAAAAUUAAGUGAUUCUGAUAAUGAUUUAUCAUAUCAAAUUUCAGGUAUCUCAGUUAAAUCAACUUUUGCUAAUUUUAUACAUUGGAUAAUCGCAGGUAAUAUGAGAGGCUACAUUUUUGUAUGGGAAGUUCCAAGUGGAAACAUAAUAAAAAUCCUUAUCCAUCCACUUUAUUUUUUUAACAAUUUAAAAAAAAAAAAUAAAAAUAAGUCAAGCAAUGAUUACUCUUCCAGUUCUAGUGAAAAUUUCAGUUACAAAAAAAAAAAAAUUCGAAAAAGAAAUAUAAAAACAAAGAAGAAUAAUAAUCAAAAACAUUUAAAUAAAAAUGUGCAAAACGAUAAAAUAAAAACACAACGAACGAAACAAAAUGAUAAACACUUGAAAAAAUUAUAUGUUAACAGUAAAGAGAAAAAAGAAAAUAGUUAUUCAAAAAAAAAAAUGAAUUCUUCAAGUGAUACUAGUUACCAUAGCAAUACUGUAUCAAAAAAUAAUUCUAAAUUCUACAAGAAAUUCAAAGAAAAAAAUAGUAAGAUAAUUUGUGAAGGAAAUGAAAAAGGAAAUUUCCAAAAAGUUUCUCCAAAAAAAGUAGAAAGAAUAAAAACAAAAGAAAAAAAUGAAAAAAGUAUGGUAAUUGAUAAUUAUCAGGAUAAACAAAAUGAUAGAGAAAAAUGCGAAAACAAUUUGAAUUAUGAAGAUGAGAAAGAAAAUGAAAAAGAGGAUGAAAAAGAAUCAAAAGAAAAAAAUAGUGAUGAAAAUGAGAGUGAUGAAGAAAAUGAUAGUAAUAAAGAAAAUGAUAGUGAUGAAGAAUAUGACAGUGAUGAAGAAUAUGACAGUGAUGAAGAAUAUGACAGUGAUGAAGAAUAUGACAGUGAUGAAGAAAAUGAUAGUGAUGAUGAAAUUGAUAGUGAAUAUGAUGAAAAUGAUAUAGAAAAUGAUCAUGAUGAUAAUGAAUAUCGUAGAAGAGAUAAUUCUAGUAGUAAUUAUUUAAGCUAUUGUGAUAACCUAAACUCCAUUGAUAGAAAUAAUAAAAGAAUAAAAUCAAAAAAAAAAAAUCCCUGCCAUGAGAAAAAUAUUUCAAAUAAAUGUUACGUAUCAGCUAUACUAGCUGUCACACAUAAAUAUGAAUUAUGGGUAGCAUUUGGUAAUGGCUAUAUAGCUGUUUAUGAUUUGUAUGAUUUUCAGUUACUUCUUUAUACAUGUAUUUCAAAAAGUCCAAUAAUGGAUCUAAAAUAUUCAAAAAUAUUAGAAGAUGUUUUGCUAUUAAUCGGUAAUAACUAUUUAUCUGUAUGGGAUACCAAAACUUUAAGGCAAACUAAAAAAAUACCGACUAAUCAAAUUACUAAAAACUCUUCAUUAUCUACUAUUUAUUUAUUAGAACCACCUAAUUCGUGGAAAUAUAAAAAGGUAGUUCUUAUUGCUGGGUGUAAUAAUGGAUCGUUGUGUGUAACUAACAUAACAAAAAAAAUGGAUGGUGAUUUAAUUUUUUCAUAUGUUAAAACUUAUGAUAAAUAUUUUGAACCUUUUGUACCAAUCAGUUAUAUAUAUAUUGAGCCUAGUAUUAAUGCUGCUUUUGUUGGAGAUGCUAGUGGUGUUGUUUUUACUUUACCAAAAAUCCUAAAUACUUUAAAGCAUGAUGAUAAUUCUAAAUAA